AUGAACCGUAGUGAUUUUGACAAAUGUAGAAAGUUCGUAGUGGCUAUCAUCGUCGGCGUAGUGUUGUGCCAGCAGAACGGAUGGCUCGGCUUCGGGCGCGGCGAUGACGACCAGGCUUCCAGCGACGCAACGACCAACCAGAAGGACUCCAGCACAUCCUCCAUGCGAGACCUCGACAGCCCCACCCGAGGAGGAGGCGGACACCGAAGGAAUCGCCCAGGACCUACCAUAGACUACGAUUAUCCUCUAGACCAACCACCCCGGAUAAACUCAGCUGGGUUCUUCCCGGGAUUCGAGGACCCGUCUGGCACAGUGCCGGACGGGCCCAAGAGCGGCAUUGACCCCCUCCGUACAGUCAACUUCAGGGUUCCCGGAGAGCAGGGCAAUGCAGGCAACGGGCAGCGGGUGCCAGGUGGAGGCAACCUUCGAAAUCGGGCUGGGACUGGUGGAAAUGGCGGAGGACAGGGUGCAGGUGCCAAUGGGAACAGGCCACGGGGAGUGAAUGGGAAUUUCCCUGGAGGAGGCGAUGGUACUCUAGGGAGUAAUGGUAACUUGGGAGGCAAUGGCAACCUGGGAAGCAAUGGCAAUUCUCCAGCUGGUGGGAAUGGUAAUUUACCAGGUGGAGUCAAUGGCAAUGGUAGGAGAAUACCCAAUGGUAAUAGAGGCAGAGGUGCCAAUGGAAACCUAGCGGCAGACGGUGGAGCAAAUCCUUCAGCCGGCAGUGGGCCAGGGGCGAACAAUGCCGGCAGCGGGAAAAGCAUCGAUUCCAGAGGCCGAAAUCCAAACUCAGGUACUUUCGGAGGACAAGAUGGCAAUGGAGGUCAAUCAUCCAACAGGAAUCCCUUCAGUACUUUUGGCACGAACAGGAACGGCGAAUUCGGCAAUGGCGGAGGUGCUUCUUCGGAUGUCAGUGGUGGUAAUGCUUUUCCAAAUCUGCCGCAAAGUGGCCGUGGAAACUUCCAAAACCAACCAAAUGCUGCUGGUGGCAGUGGUAAUAACCAAAGAAAUCUGGGCACAGGAGCUGGUCUCUUGAAUGAUCCCAGUGUCAAUCCCACGGGAGGUCAGAACACAGGACUGGGUAAUGUUAACGGUCCAGGAAGCAAUUUUGGUUCCAUCCCUGGCAUCGGAAGUAAUGGCAACAGUCCAAAUAGUGGCUUUAAUUCAGGAGGUGGAUUUGGCAACCAGCAAGGAGGUGGAAUUGGCAACCAGCAAGGAGGUGGAAUUGGCAACCUACCUGGAGGUGGAAUUGGCAAUUUACCUGGAAGUGGAAUUGGCAACCAACCAGGAGGUGGAAUUGGCAACCAAGCAGGAGGUGGAAUUGGCAACCAUCCUGGAAGUGGUAUUGGCAACCAGCAAGGAGGUGGAAUUGGCAACCAGCAAGGAGGUGGAAUUGGCAACCAGCAAGGUGGAAUUGGCAACCAGCAAGGAGGUGGAAUUGGCAGCCUACCUGGAGGUGGAAUUGGCAAUUUACCUGGAAGUGGAAUUGGCAACCAACCAGGAAGUGGAAUUGGCAACCAACCAGGAGGUGGAAUUGGCAACCAACCAGGAGGUGGAAUUGGCAACUUACCUGGAGGUGGAAUUGGCAACCUACCUGGAGGUGGAAUUGGCAACCAGCAAGGUGGAAUUGGCAACCUACCUGGAGGUGGAAUUGGCAACCUACCUGGAAGUGGAAUUGGCAACCAACCAGGAGGUGGAAUUGGCAACCUACCUGGAGGUGGAAUUGGCAACCAGCAAGGAGGUGGAAUUGGCAACCAACCAGGAGGUGGAAUUGGCAACCUACCUGGAGGAGCAUUCGGAAAUCAACAUGGCGUUGGCAGUCAAUCAGGUAGUGGAUUCCAUAGUCCAUCUGGAAUUGGCCUUGGUAACCAGGGUAACCAGCCCGGCAGUGGAGCUGGCAACAUAGGAAAUAACAAUAAUUUCAAUUCAGGAUUAAAUAGCAAUCUAAACCCCCCCCUUGGCAACCAAAACGUCGGAGGAAACCGCGGCAACAUUCCUCGCUUUAAUAUCGGCAUCAACAGUCCCGCAUCAGGAUUUGGGAACACCAGAACUGAUGUAGGGAAUACCCAGGGGACAAAUGCUAAUAACAACCAACAAGGAAACUUCAAUGGGGGUUCUGGCACAGGAAUAAAUAAUGGUAGGAACUUUAAUGCUGAUGGGACAGGCUUUAACACUGGAGCAGCAGCUACAGGAGGUCAGAACAGGGGUCAAGGGGAUGGGAAUUUCGAUCACUCGGCAGGGAAUGGGGGGACUUUCAAUGGCGGUACGGGCGGUAAUGGAGGGGAUGGUAAUGGUGGUGGUAGCACUUUUGGCUCCACAGGUGGGAGGGCAAAUUCAAACACUGGUUCAGGUUCAGCGGGUAACUUUGGCAGCUUUAAUAGAGGCCCGAGUACAUUUACAGCACAGUGGUGGAUUCCAAAUUUGGGACAGGCUUUGGGGAACGGUGGUACUAAUGGUAAUGUAGGCUCGGGUGGGAGAGGGAAUGGUGGGAAUCUGAAUGGAGGUACAGGUGGCAGAGCCGGGAUUGGACUUCUUGAUGUAAGUACAGGUGGUAGAGGAAACAGUGCAGGUGGAAAUGGCAAUUUUGGGGCAGGCUUUGGAGGAACAGGUGGUACUAAUAGUAAUGUAGGUUCGGGUGGGAGAGGAAACGGUGGAAAUAUAAAUGCAGGUACAGGUGGAACACCUGGGGUUGGACUACUUGAUGUUAGUACAGGUGCUAGAGGAAACACUGCAGGUGGAAAUGGCAAUUUUGGGGCAAGCUUUGGGGGAACAGGUGGUACCAAUGGUAAUGUAGGUUCGGGCAGCAGAGCCGGGAUUGGAAACGUUGAUGUUGGUACAGGUGGUAGAGGAAACGGUGCAGGUGGAAAUGGCAAUUUUGCGGGAGGUAAUGUAGGGAAUGCUGCAGGUGGAGGCCUAAACGUAGGUACAGGAACAAGAGGAAUUGGAACAGGUACAAGAGGAGGUGGGGCUGGAAUUCUCGACACUGGUGCAGGUAACAUCGGAGCUAGAAACAGGAAUGGGGGCGGCGUAGGUGGUGGAGAAAACCUUGGCAUCGGAAAUGUUGGUUCAGGCACAGGCACCAGAGGCUCUAACCUCAACUCAGGCGGAGGAAACUUUGGUGGGAACCUGAAUGCAGGAGCUGGUGGAGCAGGAAACGGCGGAAGUGGUGGUUUCGGCCAAGUUGGUGGCACAGGUAAUGGAGGACUUGGGGGUUUCACCUCAGGUGUAGGUAGGACAGGAAAUGCUGACAUUGGAGGAUUUAAUGCAGGUGCAGGUGGAGCAGGGAAUGGUGGAAGUAGUAACUUUAAUUCAGGCAGAGGUGGAGCAGGAAAUAUCGGAGCGGGUAAUUCCAACACCGGUAGAAAUGGAAGAGCAAAUCCCGGUGAUGGAAGCCUGGCAAGAGCAGGUGCUGGAGGAGUCCCAAAUUCAGCAGUUGGAUCUAACGGUGCUGAUACUGGAGGAAUGAACCACAACAACGGGCGUUCAAAUACAGGAGCCACCAACACAAGAACUGGUAGUCAAACUCCAAAUGGAGGUGGAAAUUCCAAUCUGGCAUCUGGUUCUGGAGUCCCGGGUACUGGUGUUCAGGGGAAUGGCAAUGGAAAUGGUAAUUCGCACCAAGGGAUAAGAAACCUUGGAAAUGGUAACAGAAGAAUGAGGAAUGAAAAUGUGCCGUUAGAUACCAUUGGGACCGAUACGCAAAUUAUACUCACAGGAGGUACAAAUCAAAAUGGAAGAGUCAGUCCCUCCCAGAAUGGAGGCAGAGCGUCAUCCAAUGCUCAGGCGGGAGCAGGUGGUUCAGUUCCAAAUCAGAUGGCUACUGGAGGAGUCAGUGCACCGGGAGUGCACAGCAAUGGUGGUUCACAAGAACCAAAACCUGUGGUUCACAAUUGGAGUAAUCAGUCCAAAGGGAGAGCAGGAGGCACGAGCCACGACGCCGGAAAAGGGAUCCACCACACCAGCACAGGUCGGGCGGGCACUGCGGCGGGAAGCUCUCAGGAGGGCCGCCAGUAUGCGAAAUCACCGCCUGGUUCUGCCCCAAAGAAAUCUGAUGAAUUCAGCACACAUCCCCCUGCGGAAGGCGGAGUUACUCCCCUCAAAGUCAUGCGCGGGUUCUCGGUGCAGCGCGGGGAGGUGGUGGCUCUGAGCACCGUCAAAGGCGGCGACAAGGACCUCUCCAUUCUUCAGCCUGACCACGACGUCAUCUUCCACAUCACUCCGAACGCCCCGGACGCCGGCAUCUCGCUCGUCGGACGCCCUGGCACCAAGGCCCCGGGCGCGACGGCGACGGCAACCGCGACGGCGACGGCAACCGCGACGGCGACGGCGUCGGCAACUCCCACCCGGAGGACGGUGCCCAUGGGGAGGGCGAGGCAGAAGGGCACCCCGGGAAGAACGCGCGAGAGGGUGAAGAUAAGACCCCACACGGGAGACCGUUCGCCUGUGGUCCGCCGGUGGGAGCACAUGGACCACGAGGGCACCCUAUCCAGGGGCCUCGUCAGGAAGGACGGGUCCUUCGCCUUCACCAACUGCCGUCCCUCUGAGGUGUGCGACCUAACCGACGGAGGUUGAGGGGGCCGCCCGUGGGUCACUUUACGGUCAGUAGAGAGUCAAUCGCAGUCCCGAGUCUUAGCUAAACAUGAAACCGCCCUCGACGCCGAAGAAGUCCCCUCGGUGCGGCCGGACGCUCCUCCUCCGAACACGGCGUGAUGUUAACCGCGGACCACGUCGACCUCUGGCGCAACGAGAGCCGACAGUGUCUCCCGGUUAGCUGGCAAAAUCUGUCAUACCACACCUCACUCGUGGCUACCCGAGUGUAAAUUCCAGAUCAUGUUCACUAGGUUAGGAUAAAAAUACACAAAAAAUACAAUAAAAAGAAUACUAAUUAUAUAAUAAUACAAUCAUCAUGAAAGACGCCCCCGAGAGAAUGAUCGCCCCCGAAUUCAUGAGUGUGAAUCUCAUUAAAUAAAAGAUACUUAUCUCUAAGCAGACUACCUCCUCAUAAUCCCCUCACAUUCUGACGUCAUCGGAUGCGUCAAACGUUACGUGAGGAAGAAAAAACGUUCAGGAGACCGGAUAAACGUGCCAAUGGAAACGUUACAUUCAGCGUAGUCGAGGAGUUGGGUCUUCCCGAAGUAUUAUUAGUGUGUAAGAUCACAUUGUCUUCUCACGUAAUGGCAAUAGUCACUUUUGUUCCAUAUAUAUUUAUUCAUUUCAGUGUACCAGUUUAUUUUCUUCCGACUUUCUUCCUAGAAACCUUUUUAUUUCUUUUUUUUUUAGUUUCCGCUCUGUGUGUGUAUGUGCAUGUGCCAUCGCGUGUAGUUGUGUGUGCGUGUCUGUUGGUAUGAGCGCGUUUGUAUAUAUAUAUAUAUGAUAUGGAAAAAAAAGCAUUUAAGACUUCACAGUUCUAUGGAUCUAUAUUUCUAUUGUUUAUAGUUAUCAAUAAAGUGUGAUUGCAAUAAUCUAUGCAUUAUUAUCAGUUUUAGAAACUUUGUUGUAAUAUAUUGUUUUAUUCCCUGUAACAAUUUAUAUGUAACUUAUAUUAACAACCAUUUUUUUGUGUAAAUUUUGUGUAUAUUAUGUAAAAUGUGGAAGGGCGCGGACCCCCUCGGCCGUGUGAACUUGACUCGUUGUAAUAAACUAGUCGAUUAUGA